CUGCUACCGAGAUCUAUGUCAAGCAGAGGUGAUAUAAUAACCGCGUUGGAUAAUCUAAAAGUAUUCGUUGCGGAAAAGGUAUUACUUCAGUGGACUCUUGAGCCUGCAGCAGGUCGCUGGACAAGCCACGUCACCAAGGGCCAUCACUACGAUGAUGGGAUCCAAGCUGCAGUACUACCGCCAAAAGGCGAGAACGGAAUCCAGGUAUACCUGGAGGCGGGUAGCAAUUCUCACCUGCCACUGGAUUUCACACGCCGCUUCGCUGCCAUUUGCGGCAUUGAGGAUCAAGAAAACCUCGUGUAUUUCAUCUUUAGCCAGAACGACCUUUCCUAUAUUGAAGACUGCUUAGAUCGGCAAGGCAUCCUAGCCAUUGAUGACAUAGAGGAUGCCGACUUUGACGGGGCGGGAGCAGAAAUUGAUCUUGGGAUGGCGACUUCCUGGCAGAUCGAAAUUGGAGAGAGCGGGUCGAAGAACAACGCUUCCAAAGAUCCGGGAAGACAAGUGAAUGGCGAGGUCGUUGAGAAGGCAAAAGCUGUCGUGGAUGGCACAGAUGACGCUCAAAAGACCCUCUUCCACCACUCUAACAACGCCCUACAGGCCCAGACAGGAGUUGCCCUUGACAGUGGGAGUGCAAAUACUCAUACAUACAACCCCCUUGACAUGCCGUCAACCACGCCUCGUCCUGACUAUACUACGCUCAGUAGUCAUCUUAACGCUCCAUUGGCGACGAGUUUGUCUUCAAGCAGAGCAAAGCCGGCAUCUGGUGACAAGGGUUCAACCAGUCAUACCUCCUUGACAGUGCUUGGACGUCCUCGAAUAAUCGGCGCGCCCACUGUAGUGUUUGUGCCGAGCCAGGAAGAUCUGCCACUUGAAGAUUUCUCACAAAGCGCAUCUAGCCAGAACAUUUUACCUGCGAGAGCAAAAAUCUCUCACUCGGGGGCGUGCACUGUUGUCAUUGCAACAAGUCCGGAGACGCGAAGCGACCCCGACGUGGAAUUCGUUGGGGAACUAUUUGUCUCAAAGCUACUUGAGCAGCACUUUGGAUGGGGUUAUGACCCCGAAAGAAGCUGGACUAGCCCCUUACGCAAUAGGGCAGGCUACAAGAAGUUCGAGCCAUCGACCGAUCCAAUGACUUCUUUCACGCUCAAGAACAUUCCUGCCAUGACAGACUUGCUCAUUCAGGCAUUUAUUCCAGAGGCUGAAAAGUGGGAGGAAUCGAACCCAGUUUACUACAUCCAAGUGCACACUACGGUGGGCGAACAAGAAUCGCCCUUCAUUAUGAGCGCAGCUACUCUCAAGAUGGCCCGAGAGUGCAUGAUCUCUGAACGAUCUGCAAGCCCACCCAAGGAAGUCUUUAUACUCGCUCGGGUUUCUGAUCUGUUCAAGAACGCCCAUGCUUGUUUCUACAUUGACCCAUGGAAGAUGUAUGCCUCGGGCCAAAUGAAAAUACAACCUAAAAUGGAUUCUUAUGUAGCUAAGAUCGAACAGCCUGAGCCUGAGAUUAAAUUCAGUGAUUUCGCGGACAUCAACGUGCCGGAGUUCCUAUAUCGACAAAGGCUUGAAAACUCCAUGUCACCGUUUAGCAGGUUCCUAUAUACAUAUCUAUUUGACGGCGGUGCGAUCAACCCAAAACUUCCAUCUCAUGAGAAGUAUAACUAUUGUUCAUUGAAGCGCGGCAACAUACGAUUGCUUGAGCUCAAGCCAGGCCGCGAGAUUGACGAAUUGGAGGGAAGUUUAAAUGAAUUUAAUUUAGACCCUACCAUCCCGCCCUUCCAGGCGUUGUCCUACGCAUGGGGCUACUCCAUCAAACCUUUUGUUGUGAGGGUUCAGGGAAGGGUUAUAGGGAUCACGGCUUCCCUCUAUUUUGCACUCAAACGCCUCCGAAAACCAAAGCAAUCGGUACAGCUCUGGGUAGAUGCAAUUUGCAUAGACCAAAGUGAUGAAAAAGAUGGAGGGAAGGAGAAGAGUGCACAAAUACGACUCAUGCCGGAAAUCUUCCAAAGAGCCACUCAAGUGAUUGUCUGGGUUGGAGAGGAAAUGAACGAAGAUAGCCAUGUCUUUAAAUACUUUCGAGAGCUGAUCAGUGUGGAAGCUCAAGGUUCCGGUGCAGCAACUAUCGCAGAUGAUAGUGAGACAUGGGACUCGAUCAACAAGUUCUUCAAGCGCCCUUGGUUCCAGAGAGUUUGGAUAAUUCAGGAACUUGUUUUUGCGUCAGAUGUCAAGGUAAUGGCUGGCAAAAACGAAUCGAUGUCGUGGGAUGGUAUUCACUCUGUGGCCAGAAUAUGUUUCAGAGAGGCACAGAAGUCUACCACGAACGUAACGAGACAGAUAGCCCAAAAUGCGUUAGUCGUCCUACGCCUCGGGGAACUGAGGCAUAGUUAUCAUGAAGGAGAGGAGAGGAACCAGCCUCGACUUCUCACCCUUUUCCGAAAGUUCCAGUAUGCCAAGGCGACGCGAGCGCGGGACAAGCUGUUUGCGCUCCUUGGGCUGGCCUCCGAUGCAGCCGAGAAACAUUUUGAUCCCGAUUAUACAGAUACACUCGAAAUAGUGGUCCAAAAGUACGCCAAAGUCUUCGUGGAGCGGGGAUGCGCCAUAGAGAUGCUGUAUCGGGCGCGUUUCUCCUCACCUCGCUUCCCAUCAUGGAUCCCGGACUGGAUCACAAAUACACCCCAACGAACUAUAACCACUUGGCCGAGUAGGCAGCAAGGGUUUUCAGCCUGUACCCACAUCCAUAGCCGAAUCAAACUCGGGUCGGGGAGAGACAACAUGGUCUUAAUUGCCAAGGGUCACAUCCUCGACGUAGUUGAUGAGGUGGGCGAGAAAUCCUUCCAAACCUGUGACCGCAUCGAAUACUUGCAGGAGGUGUCGAGGUUUGUCCAAAAGCGGGAGUCUUAUCCCACUGGGGAAAGGAUCGAAGAUCUCGUGUGGAAGAUCCCAGUUGGCGACUCUAUCGAACCCACUUCUCCAGAUGGCGACACAGUUAACUUCCGCGUGGCAUACCAAGCCUUUACGGAAUACCUGCAGCUCGGGGAGCAGGGGAAGGACUGGAAGAUGGAGAUCAUGCAAGCCCGUGCUAUGGCGAAGAUCAAACACUUCCUUUUUCACCCCCAGGAACUGAGGCAGUUGUUAUGGCCCUAUCUCCAAACGGCGCUGGAAUUUGCAGAAAGAUUCGCAGAUGCAAAGGCUUGUACAACAAAGAAGGGAUACGUAGGCAUUCUGCCAGGGAAGGCACAGAAGCUCGACAAGGUUGUAAUUCUACAUGGGAGUGCCGUGCCGUUCCUCGUCAGGGAAAGGGUCGAUCUUCCAGGCUAUUACAUCCAUCUGGGAGAGUGCUACAUCCAUGGUAUUAUGCAUGGAACGCAUUCUUCCACUUCGGACCUCGGAGUGAAGGAAAUAAGAAUUUCUUAA